AUGACCGAAGAGACUCAAGGCUUAAUGUCUACCAAGGUCGAACGCAGCGGACACAGGCCAGCCAAAGAUGGGCCUACUGCGAAGGACGUGGUCGAAAAGGAGCCUUCAACGACACUUCACCGCCACCCUGACAUAGCUAUUCUCACCGUCCUAUUUGCCAUGAGCGAGCGCUACCUGCGGGCCGCCUGA